AUGGAGCAUGGAGAUUUUUUAACCUUUGAUUGUGAUGGGGACCAUAUUUUUGAUUUCACACUAUAUUGGGGGUUCAGAAAUGGAUGGACAAAGAAGGAGAUCAGAUCCUCAAACUUCGUAGUAGAAGAGGAGGAUGAGGAUUCUGACCGGAAGAAUGAGGAGUACAAGGAAGGGGAGGAGGUCCCUGAUAAGGAGAAACUCGAAGCAGGGGUAUCUAGAAACAAAACAAGAAAGGGAAAAUGCAAAAACUCUAUUUCACUUUUCCUCUCUCCUCAAUAUCUAAUGAAUUCAAGUUUACUUGAAUUGGAUGAUUCUCAAGAGAAAGCUGUUGUCAAAGAUAAAGUUGAACACAAAAGAAUUCGUAAGGUUGGCGAUGAUGAUGUUUUUGAAUAUGGAAUAGUUCCAAGACCAAACAAUCCAUAUUUUGUGGCAAAAAUUAGAGAGACAAAAAAGAAUGAAUUGCAUGUUCCACAUGAUGUUCUGAAAGAUCAUAAUAUUAAACUUGCUCAAACAAUAAUUCUCCUCAAUGAACAAGGGAGGGAAUGGACAACAAAUGUAAGAGUGUGGGAAGAUGGUCGAACCUGGCUCACCAAAUGGUGGAAAGCUUUCUGCAAGUGGAACAAUUUCAAACCGGAGGACAGGUGCAUCUGCAAGUUCAAACAAGAAAAGGGUAAGCAAUUCAUUUUGGAGAUGGGGAUUCUCAGAGCAGGAUCAUGGUUACCAAAGAAAAAGAGUCAAAAAGGCUUGGACCACUAG